UUUACAAAAACAUUAACAGAGGCUCGAGAAGCAAAUCCAUAUUGUGAGGAACACUGACAGCUUAAGGAUACUUUUCUUAAAUCAUGGAGAUGUUAGAUCUAUUUCUCCAGACCUUCAGUUCUGUCUCCCUGUUGGGAACUAUAAUGAUCCUGCUGCUCGUCUACCUUGUUUUGACCUUCAGCUUCAGCUCCCAGGAGGACAAGAAGGAGCCUCCAGGCCCCAGGCCACUUCCCCUGCUUGGUAACCUGCUGCAGAUGGAUCUCAAGAGACCCUAUAAGACGUUACUGAGGUUUUCCAAGAAAUAUGGAUCCGUGUUCACCAUCUAUAUGGGAGCCAAGAAAGUGGUGGUCCUCGCGGGAUUUAAGACAGUGAAGGAAGCACUUGUCAACUAUGCUGAAGAGUUUGGAGACAGAGAUCCGAUGCUAAUUAUGCAUGAAGUUAGUCAAGGACACGGGGUUUUAUGGUCCAAUGGAGAAUCAUGGAAAGAAAUGAGGCGCUUUGCUUUGACGAACCUGAGAGAUUAUGGGAUGGGUAAAAAGGCAUGUGAGGACAAAAUCUCAGAGGAAACUCACAAGCUCACAGAAGUGUUUAAGAAAUUCAAAGGAGAAGCCUUUGAUACGACCCAACCAGUGAACUAUGCAGUCUCUAAUAUUAUCUGCUCCAUGGUCUAUGGCAGCAGAUUUGAGUAUGACGAUCCAGAGUUUACAUCCAUGGUAGAUCGAGCAAACGGAACUAUUCAACUUGUGGGCUCUCCAUCAAUACAGGUGUACAACCUGUUCCCAUGGAUUGGUAGAUGGAUCGCUAACAGGAAGCUUUUUCACAAAUUGUAUGAUGCCAAUAAGAAAAUGAACUUGGAGCUGAUCAAACGUCUGAAAGAGACCCUCAAUCCAGAGAUGUGCAGAGGUUUUGUGGAUGCCUUUCUGGUCCGCAAGCAACAUCUGGAGAAAUCUGAGAUUACCAACAGUCACUUCCACAAUGAAAACCUUUUGAUGACAGUUAUUCAACUGUUUGGUGCCGGCACUGAAACAACCUCAACUACCAUCAGAUGGGGGCUCCUGUUUAUGGCUAAAUAUCCAAAAAUCCAAGACCAGGUCCAGGAGGAGCUGAGCAGGGUGAUAGGAAGUCGUCAGGUGCAGGUUGAAGACAGGAAGAACCUGCCCUUCACUGACGCUGUCAUCCAUGAGACACAGAGACUGGCCAACAUUACCCCCUUUUCACUGCCUCACAAAACGAGCCAAGACGUCACCUUCCAGGGUUACUUCAUCAAGAAGGGGACCACAGUGUUUCCUCUUUUGACAUCUGUCCUGUAUGAUGAGAGUGAGUGGGAGAAACCAUACUCCUUCUAUCCUGCUCACUUCCUGGACAAAGACAGAAAGUUUGUCAAGCGAGAUGCAUUCCUACCUUUUUCUGCAGGUCGCAGGAUUUGUCUCGGAGAGAGUCUGGCCAGGAUGGAGCUCUUCAUCUUCUUCACCACCCUCCUGCAGCACUUUCGUUUCACUCCUCCACCCGGAGUUUCAGAGGAUGAACUGGAUCUGACCCCACGUGUCGGCUUCGCCCUCAACCCCUCACCUCAUAAACUUUGUGCUGUCCCCUGUAUGUGAGGAGGAGGAGGACCUAGUAAUGAAAAGCCACAUGUAGCUUAACAGUAGUGAACAUAUAUAAUCUAACAACACUAAUGUAAAUAUAUAACAUAAAAUGUAUGUUACCUGCUUAUUUAAACCGUCCAAGCAAUAAUAAUAUUUUUCCUGAAUUUUUGGAUCUUUGGAUAUUCCGACAGACAGUGAAAUAGAGUACCUUUCUCUUCCAAAUAUUAAGUACAAACAUCAGACAUAUGAUUAAAGUUUUUUCUGUUUUGUGUGUUAUCCAUAUCCAUAUAUCCAUUUUCCAGGCAUUUCAUUUGUCUAGUGUUGAUUCAGUACUCUAUGCUACCAAUAUUUUAGAACAUUUACAUACGUGGCCCUUCCAGAUUCAUAGUUCACUUAUUAUAUGUAUCAUGACCCCACAAAGGGCUAUCUUGUAAUUU